UGUUGUUGAUUUUCUGUCAUCUGUCAAUGUGCGUAGUAAUUUUGUGAUUGUUGCGGAUUGUGUUCAAUUUUGUGUAAUUUCGCCGAUUUAAGAACAACGAAUCUCGAAAAUCAACUUUUAUAUUAGUUACUUGAUGUGAGUCAAUGUGGUGGCACUAAAUUUGAAAUGGAUCAAAUACCCGUGGAGUUAAUAGAAAAAAUCUUGAGCCACGAAAACAUAACAAUUCAAGAUGUUUGCAACUUCUCAGCUUCGUGCAAAUUCUUCCGCCAGUUAGUUUUAAAUAGUUCGGCGAUUUGGAAGCAAAAGUUCCGCCAUAAGUGGCCGCGAUUCGUCCCGUUGUUUGAUAAUUGUUACAGCAACUUUUUUGACGAAGUUCAGUACAUCUACAAUUUAAAAAACAGAGUUUUGCGUCUUCUAGAACAAAUGCCCCAACGGUUCUAUAAAAGGUAUCAGUUAUCAGAAACGGAUUUCGAACAGUGGUCUGAUCUUGUAAAAGAAAAAGAGCAGACGUAUCACUACCUGAUAAUGAUCCUCAUGGACAUUAUAAAUACUUCUGAGUGCAUAAAGAGUAUUGAAACAGUACCUCUUAAUACUCCAGGAAACAAAACCCUCCAAUACUACGCCAGUAAAGCGCUACGUUUCAUAAAACAACAACACUUGGCGGCAGUGUGGCAACAAUACAUCCUCCUUCCUUUAAAACAACAAACUCUGGAAAAAGGGGCCAUUUUUGUGGCACAGUGGUGCCAAACAGACCUCGAUAUAACGCAAGAAAAUGUCCAAACUGACCUUGAUUUUAUCGCAAACUUGGUCAAACAAAGAGUGACCGACUUAAACCCAGUGCACCAACUUCUAAAAGCCCCACAAAGUCAAUUGGAUGCUUGGAAACACGAAAAUUUAGACCAGUCCCAAUGGAGCAUCGCUGAAUGCCGCCAAAUCAUCGUCGCGAUGCGUGGAGUCAUCUACACAGAGCUGGGUUUUUGCGGAAACAGCUACAACUACUUCAUGUCUGAAAAUUCCCUCAUCAAUAAAGUUCUAGAACGACGAACCGGACUCCCUAUUUUGUUAGCAAUCAUAUACGAAAGCGUAGGUCGUCGUUUGGGGGUCCUCUUCGAACCCAUCAAUUUCCCCGCUCAUUUUCUCCUCAGAUUCACCGAAAGCGUCGGAAUUAACCCCACUGUAUACUACAUCGACACUUUCAACGGCGGCGACGUCGUCCAGAAACUCGCGUGCCCCUACAGCAACCCCACGUCCCGCCGAGCACUCCUCCCCGUCGCUACGGCCAUCCAAGUCGUCGAGCGUAUGGUGAACAACCUCGAGCUGUCAACCAGACAACACAUUGAACCCAACGGAAGGGCGACUUUCCUGAGGGCGAUCCUCGAACUGCUCGUGCUCGUCAGUCCGCAGGACCUAUCCGCGAUUUUGAGUCUCGCGAAACUGUAUAAUUUGCACAAAGUCAACACGCAGCCGUUGGAGGACUACGUCGUGGCGCUGAAAUUCGAAACGCCGGGGCCAGUCGAGGGCAUUCUGGAGACGCUGCGGGGGUUCUCGAAGCAGGAUCUCGAGGACGAGCUCGAUCUCCACACGGAUGACCCGGUGGUGGAGCGACCGCCGGAGGUCAAGUACGCCGUGGGGAUGGUGAUGACGGAUAUCACGCAAAAUGAUAAGUGUGUGAUUUUUGGGUGGAGCGCCGGGUGUCCGGCGGCGUCGGAGUGCCAGGAGUCGCGGCAAUGGCCGAGGGGCGCGGGGGCGGGGCAGAGGCAGGUCAUCUACAAUGUUCUGGUGGAAGAUGGGUCCUAUCGAUACGCAGAGCAAGAUAUGUUAUCACCGAGUUCCGACCCCGGCUCCCUGGAGUCAAACAAAGACCUCGGCCGCCACUUUUCGCACUUCUUCGAAAACCACUUCGUCCCCAACGCGGAAAAAGAAAAGCAGUACCGAUACGACACUCGAGUCCGCCAGAAGUUCUACCACGAGAUGCUCCUAACCCACUACAAACCCUAGAUUAAUGUUCAACAAGUUGUGUAACUUUAUUUAAAAAUCGAUAAUCAUUUGUACCUAAAUGAAUAUAAAAAUAAUUUUAUACAAUAAAUUUCAUCUGUAUAUACCCA